AUGUCUAACCUGAGAAUCAGUAGUGCUAGUGGCAGAAAUGUAAACUUCCAAGGAUGCAACCACUCGAACGACGGAAGUGUUUCCACCUGGGAUGCCGAUUGUAGUGAUAUCAAGAGUGGAGGAACGGUGAAAAACUCGUUUAAAAUUUUGUUUAGAAGUAGCGUCUUCACCGUUUUGUUGUUGGCCGUGCAUUGUUCCACUAGCAACGGCCCCUAUAGUCAAUGGAAGGGAGAAGCGACAAAUGAGAUGAAAGUGCCCCGAUAUGGAAGAAUGCUAUAUAACUCCAGUGCGAGUUACAAGAGUAACGAUCACAGUCCAUCCACGCAAACUAUUCCAGCCUCAUCCUCGUCAUCUCCCCCGCCCUUCUCGCCCUUCUCGAUACCAUCUAACUCGUUCUCCACAAUGAACAAUCCAACACGAAGGAACAACGACGUAUGGAGUACCUACGAGGAUGGAUUAAGAUAUCUUAAUCAUCGAGCAUUUAGAAACAUGGGGAAUGAUUUUCGGUAUCCAAAUUUUUUUCAGAACUCAUUCAAUGGACGAAGCAAUUUUAUGAAUUUGUUGUAUUCUAAGUUCAAUGAGAAUGGUAUAUUUUAUUUAUUUUCUUUUAUCCUUGGGUUGUUUCUUUUAAAUCAAUUGGGAUCUGAGAAAUUGUUUAUGCUGGCCGCCGCUGUGGGUGUAAUGCACCAUCUUAAGAGGUCCACGAAGUCGCGUUGA